AAAACACAUUUUAUUGGAGAAAUUGUUGAUAUAAAGGCUUCAAACUGGAUAACAUUAUGGGCAGCUCAGAUGAUCGUGUUUACGCUGCAGAGCGUAUUAUACAAAAACGCAUUAGAAAGGGCGUUGUGGAAUAUCGUGUUAAAUGGAAAGGUUGGAAUCAACGCUACAACACAUGGGAACCCGAGGUAAAUAUACUUGAUCGACGGCUCAUUGAAAUCUAUGAACAGGGUAACAAAUCAUCAAACACCCCCUCUAAACGUGGUCCGAAAAGGAAGGAAAAAGAACGUGAUCCCGAACCGGAAUCCGAAGAGGAUGAAUACACGUUCAACGAUGACGAUGGUCACAGCAACAGUCAUACCACCGCAACAUCUUCAAGUGCGCAACAGCAUCAUCGUCAUCAUCAUCACGACAAGGACAAAGAUAAGGAUAAAGAAAAGAAACAUCAUCAUCACCACCACCAUCAUCAUCAUCACAAGGCAGAACGUUUGAAUAGUCGGCGAUCAGAAUCACCUCUUACCCAUGCUGAGAAUAAACGACAAAAAUCAGCGUCGACCGAUCAUACCGCCACAAAUAACACAAACACCUCCUCAUCUUCCUUGGCCUUUAUACCGGAAGCCGAUUCUAAUUCAUCAAGUUCCGAAGAUCAGCCACUGAGUCGAAAAGAAGUUGUGGGCACAAAGCGUAAGGCAGAAGUAUUAAAGGAAUCGGGUAAAAUUGGUGUGACCAUUAAAACAUCCCCAGAUGGUCCGCCACCUGCCAAGAUUCAUUGCUCAGUUGAUACAGCUACGCCAAUUUCAACACCGUUGAAGGCGGAAACUGAACCCCUCUCACCCGAAACACCAGCCUCAAGGCCUGAACAGGCAACACCCUCAGAAAAACCUCAGCAGUAUAAUGGCCACCAGCAACAGCAGCAGCAACAACAUCAUCACCACCACCAACAGCAGCAGGAUGAUGAUGACGAUGAAUCAUCAUCACAAGCAGAUAGCCAGCACGAAGCGGAAAACAAUCAUUUGCCAUUGAUUAACAACAACAUCAAUUCCAACAAUCAGCAGCAACCGCACCAACAACAUCGUCAGCAACAACAUUUAGAUGUGAUUUAUGAACAUUCACCUCCCAAACAAAAAUCCGCACCCUUAACCCCACUAUCACCGCCAGCGUUACCACCACGCUUUUGGUUACCCAGCAAAUGUAACAUCGCCAAUAAAGUCGUUAUUACCGAUGUGACAGUGAAUUACGAAACAGUGACCAUACGAGAAUGUAAAACUGAAAGAGGCUUUUUUCGUGAACGGGAUAUGAAAUCAAGUGAUUCGGUGGCCUAA